UAGUAUUAUUUAUAGUUUACGAAACUGAGAAUGUGAGAUCAUAGCUAAAAUCGCUAUCCUUCUCUAAAAGAAAAGAAAAAACUAAAGUCGGUAAUCUCAUUUCUUUAACAGUUAAAUGCGACAUCUGCUCGUUGCUUCUUCCUCGCCAAAAAAAAAAAAAAAGUCCUACCCAUCGAGGCAUCGACAGUCUCGUCUUCAAUUAAAAAUAAUCCAAAUUCUUAUCUUCAACAGCACAAAAGAAAACACACUGGAUAUUCUUCAUUAUGAAUUCAUAAACAUUCUAAACCAGUAAUUGCUCAUCACAAAUUCAGAGUUUCUAAACAUAUAUAUACGCAAAGAAUGUCGGUAAAAGGAGCUGCCCUACAGAAAGAUGUUCCAUGGAGGGCGUCCUCGGCUGCAAAACCUAUUCCUAAAAUUCAUCACGCUCCCAUUCUUCGCCUCCCUCAGAAUCCUUAUUCUGAAUUUGCCCUUUCUGUUAUGAAGCAUGACAAUCCAAUUGGGAGUGGACUAGGGAAAGAGGCUGUGGUUGAAUCUGCAGGGCCAGACUGCAUUGUGCCUGGGCAAACUGUACCGAUCAAAUUACUUGGUCUUAAGGUAUGGCCAAUAGAAGUGGACUUGAAGUUUAUGGAACCGGUUGGACGAGAACUCAGGUCAAUUGGCAAAUUCAUGGAUUCAGCUGUUGAUCUUAUGAACAAGUCGUUUAUUGAUCGCUAGCAAAAUUCUCAAGUGUGCUGGUAGAGCGCAUCCAGAGGUCUCUUAGGAAGCCAAUUUUUUACUAUCUGAUAAUCUGAAUUUUGGUGUGGAGGUUUGUACAUUCAAGAGUUGAAUCCAAUGAGGGAUACCAUCAAAUCGUAAUUCAGUUUCCUCUUACAGUUGUCUUUAUUGAACCUUGAUUUUCUUUAGUAAAUUCUACUUUAUUUC